AUGGCUUCCCUAAAACAAACUAUCCUAGCUGCCUUAGCAACAAGCUCCUUACCCCAAACAAGCACUGACAACUACUACCGCUCAAGACCUGACCUCGUACCACCUCAAUUAAACAUCACCGUCCCAGCUACAAACUCUAAUGGCUCCGAAUACAUCUUCAUUGCCCCUUACUCUAUGGGCGGGACUCUCGAACGACCUGGUCCAUACAUCUACCGCAAAGACGGCGACUUAAUCUGGGCCGGCACAGGGUACUACGCCGGGUUCGUGGCUAAUUUCCAUCCUACCACGUACCAGGGGAAACCUGUUCUCCAGGCAUUUCAGGGAAACAUGAAUAAUUUCCCCGGUGAAGGGUUUGGCCAGCAUGUUCUGUUAGACCAGAGUUAUCAGCACGUUGUUACGUCGACUGCCAGUAACCAUCGCGUUUCGUCCAUUCACGAGUUCAACGUUAUCCGGGGGGAGACAGCUUUGAUUGAGGUCUUUCAUACAACUCCGGCGAAUUUGUCGGUCUAUGGUGGGAAUUCUUCGCAACAGUGGCUGGGGAAUGGAAUAUUUCAAGAAAAUGAUAUUGCCACAGGAGAGUUGAUCUUUGAGUGGAAUGCUUUGGAACACGUUGAGCCGUCUGAAAGCCAAGUGGCACUAGGUUCCAGAACUUCGAAUAGUGGAUUAUCUUCCGCUGAGGCAUGGGAUUACUUCCAUAUCAACAGCCUCGAUAAAAAUGAAGAAGGUGACUACCUGCUCUCGUCCCGACACACGAGCACAAUAUUCAAGAUCAACGGCACAGACGGCUCAAUCAUCUGGCGGCUCGGCGGCAAGUAUCCCAGCUUUUCACAAAUCGGCAACUGGACUUUCGGAUUCCAACACGAUGCGCGCUGGCAGCCACAACUAAGCCAGCCUGGGACCGAGGUAAUCUCAUUUUUUGACAACUCAGGCGACGGGACUAUUAAAUUUAACGAGGUGUCCCGGGCGUUAGUUGUUCAGAUCAACCACACAGAUAGCACGGCGACAGUUCUCCGCAAGGCAAAAGCACCUUAUGAUCUCCAGGCCGUGUCCCAGGGAAAUGCACAGCUGCUUUCCAACGACCGAAUCUUCGUCAACUGGGGAUCGGAGGGUGCUUUCACCGAAUUCGGUGCUGAUAAUGAGAUUUUAUACCAUGCCUUUAUCCAGACGGGGUCAGUCAGCUACCGCGGCUUCUUGGCUAACUGGACUGGUACGCCGAAGGAGACUCCAGCACUGGUUGCGCUGAAAACGGCUUCUAAUCUUGUCGAGCUUUAUGUGUCUUGGAAUGGGGAUACGGAGACUUCAGCUUGGAGAUUCUUUUACGUCAAUGGGCAGACGAAGACGCGGGUUGGUCAAGUGGACAGGGAUUCGUUUGAGACGGUCUUUACAUGGAAGCCAACUUUUGAACUGUCUUCCUCUGCUAGAUUUGUUGCGGAGGCUAUUGGCGCGAACGGGGAGUCUCUUGCGCAGACGAGUUUGACUGCUACGGCUGCCGAUAUUAAGUUGCUGGCAUGA